AUGCUUUUGGGAAGACUCCCAACACCCCUGAGGGUCCUGUUUAUCACAGCCCUCUACGCUUCAGCAUCCUCCGCUCUCCCCGCGAACAGUAUCUUCGCCCGCCAAGACACAUGCGAUGCGGAUCAGACAUCAUGCAACAGCGACAUUGCCAACUUUUGCUGCCCCAAGGGCAACUCCUGCAGACUUCUCGCUGGCAAGACCACAGCAGUAUGCUGUCCCAGCGGCCAGACAUGUAACGUCAUUCAACCCAUCACCUGCGAUAUCCGCGGCCAGGACCAGAGAGAGUUCCCCAACGCCCCUGUCAAGACCAUAGUAUUCAACCUCGAUCUUGAAAAAUGUGGACAGAAGUGCUGUCCUUUUGGAUACUCGUGUGAAGACGAGCAGUGUGUGAUCGACAAGGAUCAGACCAAUGUCCCAGAAGGCGCUGAGCUUCCCAACGAGACGUCUACGCCGAUUCCCAGUGCCAUAACUACUGCUACGGGGGCUAUCGAGACCAUCUCCAUCAGCGCUGCACCCUCCACGAGCGCUGAGCCCACAGCAGCAGUUGGCUCAGAUAAUAGCUCAGACAAGGACGAAGACUCCAAGUCCGGCAACUCGGGGCCUGCUACUACCUCCAUCGUCGGCGGCGUCGUCGGCGGCAGUAUCAUUCUUCUGAUAACCGCCGUUGUAAUCUUCCUCUACGUCCGUCGCCAGAACAAACGUGAUGCGCAAGGUUCAGAGAAGGGUAGUCAUAUAUACGGGUACGGCCGUCGAUCCACGAGCGAUGCCUCGUUCGGAAAUAUCAUCUCCGAGCCCAUCAGCCAGCCCAACUCUUACCGCGCCGACUUCAUCCUCAAGACCCCUUCAACCCAACGCUCAAGCAUUGUGCCUGCGCGCCAGCUCUCCAGUGCUGGCACGCGCCUCAACGCCCCGCCUCCGCGGAUUCGUAUCUCUAUUCCGAAUCCCUUCGACUCACCCAAUCCCUCACCCAAUGCCCAACCCAGUCCCUUCGACAAUGAAGAGUCUCUUCGACAUGGAAACGUUCGGCUGCCCCCGAUCCGCGCUAUGAAGGGCUCGUCGUACUGUAGUCGCCGACCAAGUACCCCUGAGCUUCAGCGUGAGCCGAGUAGCGAGAAUAUCAAUGUUUUCGCGGACCCCAGCACCAUCGUGAAACCCCGCCCCCUGACGAGAGCGACAACAUUCACCGACCUGAUGGACGAGGCUGAUCUUGGCGCUGUGCGGCGAGGGAAGCCCUACGUCCCCGGAACCACUCCCAGAAUUUAG